ACGCAUCGUACUGUCUAAACUUGUUCAUAUAAAUUUUAUUUGAUUUCCAUCCAAUUUACAUCUAUUCGGUGCUUAUUCCCUUAUCUGUUUCAGGCAUUUUAGCUUUGCCCAGUCACGUGGUUCUGUUUACCUCGUUCUUAUUUUUCACUAAACAGAGUUAUUUUACAUGGAUUUCUUGCUUAAAGCGGGAAAUAUCUGUGUUUGAAAUGUUUGAGAAUGGUAAUUAAUUGUUACGUAAAUUGGAAUUUUCAUAAAUGCAUGCGAUCGGUUGCACAGCUUCAUAGGACAAUAUUUUCGAAGUCGGCGUAUUAAAUUCGCAAAGCCAGGAAUUUGUGAAACGACAAUUCGUAAACCGAAUAUUAUCCGUAUGUUACAUUUAAUCUCUUAAAUCAUUUACAUUUGUACGAAAUGUUAAGUACUAGAACGAUUUCAUACAAGAAAUGUUUAGCCGAAGCUGCUAUAGCUUUAUUAUGUGUAUUUAUCUUCUGCGAAUACUUGAUAUAUUAUCUUGUGCUUAUUCAGUGUUCAUGGCCUGCUUUGGACUCUCGCAGAAUUGAUACAACAAUUCCACAACCAAAGGAAGAAGAAACUCCUGUGAAUGCAAUGUUUAUAGCAGACACUCAUUUGUUAGGUCCUAAACGUGGGCAUUGGUUUGAUAAAUUAAAAAGAGAAUGGCAAAUGUAUAUGGCAUUCCAAACCAUGGUUACUCUUCAUAAACCAGAUAUAAUUUUUAUAUUAGGUGAUUUAUUUGAUGAAGGACAAUGGAGCAGUUCCACAGAGUUCAAUCAAUACAUUGAAAGACUUUAUUCAUUGUUUUCGGUACCUGAAAACAUGCAUCUUUAUGUUGUUGCUGGAAAUCAUGACAUUGGAUUUCACUAUGCAAUUACACCAUAUUUGAAUCAAAGAUUUAUAAAUGGUUUAAAAUCACCAAGUGUGAAAAGAGUUAGUGUAAGGGGAAAUCACUUUGUUUUAAUCAAUAGUAUGGCCCUAGAAGGAGAUGGAUGUUUCUUGUGUCGUCCUACAGAAAUUGCAUUAAAUAGAAUAGCAGCACAUUUGAAAUGCGCGCAAUAUAAAGAAAAUCAUUGUGGCAAGAAUAAUACGAUUUCCAGGUAUAGUCGACCAAUAAUUUUGCAGCAUUAUCCAAUGUAUCGUGAAUCAGAUGAAAUCUGCAAUGAACUUGAUCAAGCACCGGAUGAUAUAAAAAAUAUAAAAUUUAGAGAAAGAUGGGAAUGUUUGUCAAAGGAAGCAUCUGAACAACUUUUAGAUAUAUUGAAUCCAAGAUUGAUUAUCAACGGCCAUACACAUCAUGGGUGUAGAAGAAUACACAGAGAAAAUAUACUUGAAUUUACUAUACCAUCGUUUAGUUGGCGCAAUAAAAAUAAUCCUUCACUCUUACUCGGUGUAUUUACUCCUAAUAAUUUUUCUGUAUCGAAAUGUUAUAUGCCUGUGGAAUCUACAGAAAUCAAAAUUUACAUUGUCAGUACCAUGUUCAUUAUUCUAUAUUUCAUCGUAAAAUGUAGACUACAGAAAAAUCGGUAUAACCUUUUAAAAUUUCAUUGAAGUUUAUUUUUGCGCACUUCGAGUCAUUAGUAUAGAGACAAAAAUCGUUUUGUAGAUUGCAAUAAGUAAUUACGAAAAUAAUUCAACAUAUGGAAAUGCGAGAUUCAACUUGUUGAAAGGUUUGUAUAUAUCUCUAAGGGUAUAAAUUACAUAUUAUUUACACAAUUCGUAGUACAAAAUAUUUAUGUUACUCAGCAUAGAUUAAUGUAAUCCUUUGAUACUCCCAAAUUUGGAAAAUCACUUUUACUGUUCUCGCACAUUUCAAUUUUCUCUAUACUAAAAAAUAGUACAUACAUAAAAAACUACAAGGUCAUU